AUGGAGACGUCGGCCUCAGUCACUGCCACGGAGAAGAAGGACGCCAAAAGUGGGAGCCUGGAGGGUGCCGCUUUCCCCGACCCGGGCAGGAAGGCUUCUGCUCUCGCAGUGGCCGCCGCGGCGGCGAUAGCUGCCCACGGAGUGCCGCAGCACCUCUUGCCACCGCUCCAUGCUCCCUUACCGAUUGACAUGAGACACCAGGAGGGAAGGUACCAUUAUGAGUCCCACUCUGCCCACGGCGUGCACGGGCCUCCUGCCCUAAGCGGCAGCCCUGUUAUCUCCGACAUUUCGUUGAUCCGGCUUUCCCCACACCCUGCCGGGCCUGGGGAGUCCCCCUUCAACGCCCCCCACCCGUACGUGAGCCCCCACAUGGAGCAUUACCUCCGUGCCGUGCACAGCAGCCCCACGCUCCCCGCGAUCUCUGCAGCCCGGGGUCUGAGCCCCGCUGACGUGGCUCACGAGCACCUCAAGGAGAGGGGGCUGUUUGGCCUCCCCGCACCAGGCACCAACCCCUCAGACUAUUACCACCAGAUGACCCUCAUGGCAGGCCACCCUGCACCCUACGGGGACCUGCUGAUGCAGAGUGGGGGUGCCGCCAGUGCACCCCAUCUCCACGACUACCUCAAUCCAGUGGAUGUGUCGCGUUUCUCCAGCCCGCGGGUGACGCCGCGCCUGAGCCGCAAGCGGGCGCUGUCCAUCUCCCCGCUCUCCGAUGCCAGCCUGGACCUGCAGCGGAUGAUCCGGACCUCCCCCAACUCGCUGGUGGCCUACAUCAACAACUCCCGGAGCAGCUCUGCAGCCAGCGGCUCCUACGGGCACCUGUCGGCAGGCACCCUCAGCCCUGCUUUUACCUUUCCCCAUCCCAUCAACCCGGUGGCCUACCAGCAGAUCCUGAGCCAGCAGAGGGGCCUGGGAUCUGCCUUUGGACAUACUCCACCCUUGAUCCAGCCUUCGCCCACCUUCCUGGCCCAGCAGCCCAUGCCCCUCGCCUCUAUCAACGCCACGCCCACCCAGCUCAGCAGCAGCAGCAACUGUCUGAGCAACGCCACCCAGAACAAGCCAAGCAGCGAGUCGGCUGUGAGCAGCACGGUCAACCCCAUCGUCAUUCAUAAGCGCAGCAAGGUCAAGACAGAGGCCGAGGGCCUGCGGCCAGCCUCCCCAUUGACCCUGACGCAGGAGCAGCUGGCUGACCUCAAGGAAGACCUGGACAGGGAUGACUGCAAGCAGGAGGCCGAGGUGAUCAUCUACGAGACCAACUGCCACUGGGAGGACUGCACCAAGGAGUACGACACGCAGGAACAGCUGGUGCAUCACAUCAACAACGAGCACAUCCACGGCGAGAAGAAGGAGUUUGUGUGCCGCUGGCAGGCCUGCACGCGGGAGCAGAAGCCAUUCAAGGCGCAGUACAUGCUCGUCGUGCACAUGCGCAGACACACGGGCGAGAAGCCCCACAAGUGUACGUUCGAGGGAUGCUCAAAGGCCUACUCUCGCCUGGAGAACCUGAAGACGCACCUGCGUUCCCACACUGGGGAGAAACCGUACGUGUGCGAGCACGAGGGUUGCAACAAGGCCUUCUCCAAUGCCUCCGACCGCGCCAAGCACCAGAACCGCACCCACUCCAACGAGAAACCCUAUAUCUGCAAGAUCCCAGGCUGUACCAAGCGAUACACAGACCCCAGCUCUCUCAGGAAGCACGUGAAAACGGUACAUGGCCCCGACGCUCACGUCACCAAGAAGCAGCGCAACGAUGUGCACCUCCGUGCCCCCCUGCUCAAGGAGAACGGGGACAAUGAGGCCAGUGCUGAGCCCGGUGGCCGGGGCUCUGAGGAGAGUGCCGAGGCCAGCAGCACCAGCCAGGCCAUGGAGGACUGCCUACACGUCAAAGCCAUCAAGACCGAGAGCUCCGGGCUGUGUCAGUCCAGCCCCGGGGCCCAGUCGUCCUGCAGCAGUGAGCCCUCUCCCCUGGACAGUGCCCCCAACAAUGACAGCGGCGUGGAGAUGCCGGGGACAGGGCCCGGGAGCCUGGGCGACCUGACGGCUCUGGAUGACACGCCCCCGGGGGCCGAUGCCUCAGCCCUGGCCGCUCCCUCUGCUGGUGGCUUGCAGCUGCGCAAACAUAUGACGGCCAUGCACCGGUUCGAGCAGCUCAAGAAGGAGAAGCUUAAGUCGCUCAAGGAUUCCUGCUCCUGGGCUGGGCCAGCUCCACACACCCGGAACACCAAGCUGCCUCCCCUCCCAGGAAGUGGCUCCAUCCUGGAAAACAUCAGCGGCGGCGGGCCAGCGGGGCUGCUGCCCAACCCACGUUUGUCGGAGCUGUCCGCGAGCGAGGUGACCAUGCUGAGCCACCUGCAGGAGCGCCGCGACAGCUCCACCAGCACAGUCAGCUCCGCCUACACCGUGAGCCGCCGCUCCUCCGGCAUCUCUCCCUACUUCUCCAGCCGCCGCUCCAGCGAGGCGUCGCCCCUGGGCGCCGGCCGCCCCCACAACGCCAGCUCUGCCGACUCCUACGACCCGAUCUCCACCGACGCGUCGCGGCGCUCGAGCGAGGCCAGCCAGUGCAGCGGCGUCGGGGGCGGCGGGGGUGCGGGGCCUCUCAGCCUCACUCCGGCGCAGCAGUACAGCCUGCGGGCCAAGUACGCCGCGGCCACCGGCGGACCGCCCCCGACCCCGAUACCCGGCCUGGAGCGCGCGAGCCUGCGGACCAGGCUGGCGCCGCCCGUGCCCUGCCCGCGCCCGCUAGGACCGCGGCGGGGCAGCGAUGGGCCCGCCCACGGCCACGCGGGGCCUGCGCCCGCCUUCCCCCACGAGGCGCCGGGCGGUGGGGCGCGGCGGGCCAGCGACCCAGUGAGACGGCCCGACACCCUGGCCGCGCCGCGGGUGCAGCGCUUCCACAGCGCCCAUGAUGUGAACCCGGCCCCGCUGCCGCCCUGCGCCGACCGGCGAGGCCUCCGCCUGUCAGGCCCCGCAAGCGCCGAUGGCGGCCUGGUCCGCAGCACCUACUCGCCCCGGCCGCCCAGCAUUAGUGAGCACGUGGCUAUGGAGGCCUUGGUGGCAGGCGCGGACAGCGCAGGGCCCGACAUGGGCCUCGUGCUGCCCGAGGACGACCUUGUGCUGCCCGAUGACGUGGUGCAGUACAUCAAGGCGCACGCCGGUGGGGCCCUGGACGACAGCCCCCCGCAGGCCUACCCCCCGGAAAGCACCUGCUUCUCCGAGAACCCCAAACUGCCCAGCCCCGGGCUGCAUGGCCCGCGCAGGAUGGUGGCCGCCGACUCCAACGUGGGCCCCUCUGCCCCGGGGCUGGGAGGCUGCCAGCUGGGCUACGGGGCCCCCUCCAGCCUGAACAAAAACAGCAUGCCUGUGCAGUGGAAUGAGGUGAGCUCCGGCACUGUGGACACACUGGCCAGCCAGGGGAAGCCUUCGCCCUUCCCGCAGGGCAACCUGGCUGUGGUGCAGCAGAAGCCAGCCUUCGGCCACUACACAGGCUAUGGUCCUCAAGGUCUGCCCCUGAGCCCCGGGGCCCUGGACAGUGCGCAGACACACUUCCAGCCCUGUGGGGGCGGCCCCUCUGUGCCUAGGAUAAAUUAUAUGCGGCAGCCAGGGACAGGUGCUCCGUGUCCCAAUAUGACCACCACCGGGAGCCCCCACAACAACUAUGGCCAAGCCCACCCCCAGCUGAGCCCCAGUACCAUGGGUGGGGCCCUGAACCCAUACCCCCCAUCCUGCAGCAACAUGGUGGCCAAGCCAGUCCACCUGGGGCUCCCCCAGCAAAUGGAAGUUGCUCCCGAAGCCGCCAUGAUGGGCAGCAACCGCAGGGAACUUGGAAUCACCAAUUCCAACCUGACCGGGAUGCCACCCCUUCACUCAACCCAGAGCUACCCACAGCAAAGCCAUCACCUGGCGACUCCCAUGAGCCAGGAGGGCUACCGCCAGGGCUCCCACCUUCUGCCUUCCCAGCAGCCUGGCUUCAUGGAGCCCCAGCAGGGUGCUGUCGGGGUGGCCGGAUCCAGCUUUGGCCUAGUGCAACCCCGACCACCUGCUGAGCCCAGCCCUGCCAGCUGCCACCGUGGGGUGCGGGCUGGGCUGCAGCUGGCCUAUGCCAGGGCCACCAGCCACGCCAUGGCCACUGUGUCAGCCAGCCAGGAGAUGGCCGAUGUGCCCAAAGGAGCGAUGGGCAACGUGGUGUCCCGGCCUCCUCAGCCAGCCCCACAGGAUGUGGCCGGGUCCCAGGAUCACAGCAUGCUCUAUUACUAUGGCCAGAUCCACAUGUACGAACAGAACGGAGGCCUGGAGAACCAUGUGGGCUGCCAGGUUGUGCGGCCCCAGCCACCGCAGCCACAGGCUUGCCCAGACAGCAUCCAGCCCCAGCCCUUGCCCUCGCCAGGGGUCAACCAGGUGUCCAGCACAGUGGACUCCCAGCUCCUGGAGGCUCCCCAGAUUGAUUUCGAUGCCAUCAUGGAUGAUGGUGAUCACUCAAGCCUGCUUUCAGGCGCCCUGAGUCCCAGCCUCCUCCACAGCCUUUCCCAGAACUCCUCCUGCCUCACCACCCCCCGGAACUCCCUGACUCUCCCUUCCAUCCCCACGGGCAUCAGCAACAUGGCUGUUGGGGACAUGAGCUCCAUGCUCACCAGCCUGGCCGAGGAGAGCAAAUUCCUGAACAUGAUGACCUAA